CAAUAAUGGUAUGAAUAUAUAUUAAAUGAUAGAAUAGCAAACUUAGUAAAAGGUCAAAAAAGAGUCUUUAGGUUGAAGAAGUUUAAGGUAUAGUAAAAAUAUAUAAAAUAGACAAAUAAAGAAGUUAAGAAUAAACAGAGUCUAUAGUAAGAAAUGUUCGUAAUGGUGAUGCUUCAAAUCCAGAAAUAGUAGUGAUAGGAGAAGAAGAAUUAUAAAGAAUGAAAGUAAGAAAAUUAUACAUUUAUAACAUUAGAAUAAUGCAAUAAUUACAACAAAAGAAGAAUAAUUAUACUAAAAGAAAUUGAUUGAGGAAUAGAAGGAGAAGUAGAUGGCUGCAGCAAAAGCUAAAAAAUAAAGAAUGAUGUAAAUGGAGGAAGAAAAAAAAAAAUAAGUUCCGUUGACAUAAUAAUAAGAGGAAGAUAAAGUUGUGAAAGAUUCACUUCUUGCAAGAGUACUUGUUGAUUAGAUUUACAUUUUAGGCAGCAGAAAUAAUGAAUGAAUAAAUGGAUGAUGUAAAAGAAAUGAACAAAAUGGUAAUGUAUGCUAAAUGUGUAACUGUUCGAGAUAAGCAAUUGUAAGAGAAAAAAGAAUUGAUUAAUCAAUAUAAGGUUCAAGAAAAGAGAAAAGAUUUGAUGAUGGAAAUAGAAAGGUUGAAAUCAAUUAAAUAUCAUGAAGAAAAAGAUAAAUAAAGAAAAGUUGAAUAAAAGCAUGGGCAUGAUAUAAUUAUUGAAUAAAUUAAAGAAAGAGAAUUAAUUAGAUUAAAAGAUAAAGAAGAGUAAGAAAGAGAUGGAUAAGUUAUGCUUAAAAAGAUAAAGUAAUUAUAAUAAGAGGAAGCAUAAAAGGCAAUGCAAAAAAAAGUAUCCUAAUAAAAAGUUUAAGAAGAAAUUUUAGAAGCAAAUGAAAGAGCUAUUUUAGUAAAAGAAAAAAGAAAGUUAGAAGAAAGGGAAGAAGAAGAGAUAAUUGUUAAAUAUAAUUUAUAGAAAGCAUAAAAGGAAGCUGAGCUUUUGGAGGAAUAAAAAAGGAUUAAGGAAGAAAAAGAACGUGAAGUUCAAAGAUUAAGAGAAAUGCAAGAAAAAGCAUAAGAUAGAUAAGCUGAAUUAGAUGUAUUAAGAGCCAAAAGAGCUAUGGAAUAAAAUGAAAGAUAAGCAAGAGAAAAGGAAAGAAGAGAAGCUGAAUUGAAAAUGAGAUUAAAUCAUGAAGUUCAUGAAGCCAGAAAAUUACAAUAAUACGAAAAACAAGAAAGAUUGGAAGAAUAAGUAAUUAAUGACGGAUCUAUAAUCUUUAGGCUCGAUUAGAAAGAGAUGAAUUUUAAAGAGUUAUUCAAAAACAAAAAUAGGAAAGAGAAAAUGAACUAAAGUUACUACAUGAUAAGGAAGCUCUUGUUAAGAAACAUGCAGAUGAACUUAGAAAAUAAAUAUCUUUAAAUGAAGAAAAAAAAAAAUAAGAAGAAAGAGACAAGUAUAUUAAAUAUUUAUUUAUUAGAUUAGAAGAAGGUAAGAAAAUUAGGGAUAAAAUGCUGAAUGAGAAAAAACUUUUAGAAAAUAUCAAGGACACCAAAAUAAAAACCUUAAAUGAUAAUGGCAUUGCUGAUAAAUACAAAGCCGAAUUAGCUCGUAAAAAAAUAAAUAUAUUAAUUUGAC